AUGCCACCUGCCACUACGCCGACAGUCACUUCUCCCUCUGAUGCGACGAGUCCGAGAAGUGCAUCCGGCGCCAUGGAGUCCUCCGUCCAGCGACCUCUCACCCCGCUAUCAUACCUCUCCUCGCCCGUGUCCGAUCUGGCUGCGACAUUGCAUACUAGUAGCCAGGCCGCCGACGAAGCAGACGAGGCGAAUGUCAGCUUCCUGCGCGACUCGCUCGAAUCCUUAGACCAGGCCGCAGAGAGCACCAGCGCCUCCUCCAGCAGACACUCCCUAUCGCGACCCGAACGCCAGCAAGACAAUCAAACGGAGCAUCACAGGCGACUGGACGCUCAUAUAGACACUGCGACUGCUGCCGUCCUGCAGGAUACUGGCGAUGACAUUUCAAGGCGAGAACGGCUGCAGCGCGUGCUUGCUCGCCUGAACCGCAUUCACGAUCCAUCGGGGUCUUCAGCUUCGGCGUAUGGGAAUAGGACACCGUCCCCGAACAGGCAGAGAUUGUACGACUGGGCGCCUUCGCAGGAAGAGACAGGGCAGGCGGACGAUAACGAGCUGCAGCAGAUUCUGGCAGAGUUGCGACGCUCGCAGCCGGAAACACAUCCCGACAUUCUUCGUGUCUUGCGCCAGAGGCAGCAGGACGGACCGCAACAAAGAGAUAGGAGUACAAACACUACAGCUGCAGCCACGAACCAGCACUCCGAUGCGACAGAUACGCGAGACCGACUGCGGGAACGAAGGAGGCGGGAGAACGAGUGGGUGAGUCUGCGAAGUCGGGCAGUGCUGCAGCGCGCACGACAGGAAAGCUCGCCUUCCGCCACGGAGAGGAUGCUAAGAUAUGUCAUGGAGCGGGAACGUAGUGGCCUGAGCGAGGAGGAAGAAAGAGCAAGAGGCAGUGCUUGGCUGAGUCCUGGAGCGGGAGGCGCAAGCAGUCGUGCUAGCAGCAGUGAACAACAGCGAUCAGGGGGAGCAUCUGCAAACAGAGACUCCUGGCCUCUGCCCCCGGCUGCUGGUGAGCUGAGAGCGAGGACAUUGCAGGAAAGGGCAGAAGUCAUGCAGCGAAGGUACAUGGCUGAGAAUGCGGCUCCUCGACUUCCAAGGAUAUCGACACCGCCUGUGCCUGCGACGUCGUCUACCCCCAAUACUUCCUCGCAGUUUCUGGAGAAUGCACUGAAGUAUUUGAAUCGGCUGCGGUCGUGUUGUCGGUAUGAGGAAGCGCUCUCUGCAGCUAUGGAUCAUGGACUGGCCACGAAAGAGUUCUUUGCGGAUAAGCACGACGAUUUCGUGAUGGACCUUGAAGAACUCGAGCCUCUUCCUGCUUCAUCUUGGUUACAGCCAGGGAGCGUUUUCGAAGGACAUCAGCAUGCGACAAGUGGCAAUGCCGGCCUCCUGCAAUCACCAUCGAGCAGCUCUUCCUCCCACGCAGUCGAGCAAAUCAACCCGCACUAUCGCAACCAGGGCAUCACAUCGACAGGAUUUGACCACCCUCCCGGCUCGACACGAGUACAGCCUUUCGACGCUACAAGACCGUGGCUAUCCCACCAAUUCACACCACCUUCCCUGCAUCCUGCGAGCGCCCUUUUCACGAAACCUCCCGAGCCCUCUCACGACCACUGGCCAGUGCGCGUCACGAUCCACAGCAUAGAUGCCGAGAAAAUGACCCUGCAGGGCACAAUGGAAGCGUACGACGUCCCACAGCACCCCGCCAGCGUCUCAAUUCUCAACUCCGCCGAACGGCCCAAGGCCGGCAAGAAACACGCCCCGAUCACGACCUUCCUCGAAGGCCACAUUAUCGACCUCACAACCCACUCCUUUCUCACCCCAAGCGCUAAGGACACCCAACGCUUCGGUCCCCACCCCACCGCACCGCAGAACGCCACGCCUUACACGACCCUCUCCGACACAAUCUCCUUCCCCUCCGCCAACGCGCAUACAGCCGCCUCAAACUGGCGGAAACUCCCUCCCUUCAACUCCCUCUCUUCCUCCGAAGAAAUGGCCCGUCUAUUACUAUCGAAGGGCCGCAUGGACGCGAUCCACCAGGAAUACAUUUUCAUGCGCUGGAAGGAACGAUGUUUCGUCCAUGGGAAAGAGGACUCAUGUACAGAGGCGGAGAGACAGGGGGAUCAGGAUAGGGGCCAUGGGUUGACGAUUAGUGGGUUCUAUUAUGUUAGCAUGCGGAGGAGUGAUGGGAGUGUGGAAGGGCUGUAUUUUGAUCCCAUGAGUACGCCGUAUCAGUGUCUUAGGUUGAAGGGGGGUGGGGGGGAGAGGGGGUGGGUGGAGGUUGAGUUACGGUGA